AUGUCAUACGGUUUCGCCUCCUCUUCCAAUAAUCCGUACGCCAAUGGCAAUGGCAAUGGCAAUGGUCACGCAAACGGGUAUAAUGGGGAUGGGGAUAUGGACGGCCCCGCCGGUCCUGGCGCUAUCGAAGUGCCAUUGGGACCGACGAACCAGCCCCGGAUGCUGGUGAGGAGUUUGAACCAGCAGGAGGCGGUUUUCCAUUUGAGUGGGGUGGAGGGGGGGUUGGCGAAUGCGUUGAGGAGGGUUGUUAUUGCGGAUGUGCCGACUAUUGCGAUAGAUCAGGUGCUAUUCAUGCAAAAUACCUCGCCUAUCCCUGAUGAAAUGCUGGCGCACCGAUUGGGGCUUGUACCGCUUAUAAGUCGGAAUGCGAUCAAGGGGUUGAGGUAUACGAGGGACUGCACAUGUGACGAAGGAUGUUAUUACUGCAUGAUCCUCCUCCGGCUAAAAGUGUCAAACGUGCAAGGGGAAGGCAACAAGCCUGUCCAAGUGACGACGGCGAUGUUGGACGUGAUUCCCAGUCCUGGCGGACCACCCCCUGUAAACCCAUACGGCCCCCCACCUGACAAUCUCUCGGAAGAGGACGCAUACAUUGUUGCGAACCGGGAUCCGGAGCUCGGACAGCCGAUCGGGAAGGGCGAUCCGACGAUUGCGCCUAUAUUGCUCGCGAAGCUGGCGAGGGGGCAGGAGAUUGAAUUGACGUGUAGGGCGUACAAGGGAAUCGCAAAGUACCACGCUAAAUGGUCGCCCGUCUCUGCUGUUGGUUUCGAGUAUGACCCAUACAACAAGCUGCGGCAUACGACCUACUGGUUUGAGAAGAACGCGGAAGAAGAAUGGCCUAUGCCUAAAUCCCACGUAUUCGAAGAACCCCCCGCCCCCGGUGCGCCAUUCGACUAUACCGCCGCCCCCACCACCUUCUACUACAAUGUCGAAGGCGUCGGGUCCAUGCCGGUCCGCCAGGCCAUCGAACAGGGGCUCGACAUCAUUACAGAGCAGCUUGCGGGGGUUAUUCUGGCGGUGCAGAAGGAGACGGGUGUGGAUGAGGAUGAGGAGCCAGAGCCGCAAGGCCAGGGGAUGGGACAAGAACAAGGGUUUGUGGAGCCGGACUGGAUGAUGCAGAUGGGAGCACCGGGGAUGGGCGGGGGCGGGGUCAUGGAUGGGUAUGGAGGACCACAGCAGGGGCAGGGGCAGGGGUAUGGAGCUCAGCCUGGGUGGGGUGGAGGGGGUGGAGGGAUGGGCAUGAGCCCGUUGAGAAGGUAA